AUGCCGUCCAUCACACCAAAGACGACAGCUACCAAGGCUGCAGCCUUUGUUUGGGAUGCCUUUCCUCCACCGCCACCCGAGGCUGAAAACUGGCAGCCCGAUCCGAACAGUAUCCCGAAAGCAGGAAAUCUUCCUGACCCCCGAUUCAAUCGCGACCCUGAACAAGAUCGCCGGAGCAAGUCGUACAGGAAAGAAGCGAAGAUGUACGGCCAAGCUUUGAGCGAAAGUGCAUCAUCACCAUCCACAAAAGAAAGCUCUUUAGGCCGUGGACUUGGGCAGUGGCCAGCGCCAGCUGCACGUAGCACGGGCUUUCCAAGAGACUUUGUUCAAGACGUCAAACCCACUUCACCAUCCUUGGAGUCCGUCACAGUGCUUAAGUCACGCAAGUAUCCAUCGAUUAGUACCAAGCCGACCCCACGUAUCGACGGUCCCCCUAAAGGCACGAUGGAGUUGAUGCCUGCACCAAACUAUCGCCGUCCAGAAACUCCAGUAUCAAGGGCCCCUGGAAAGUCAGCGUCCCCUACAAAGAGCCUAUCAUCAGUUUGGGCCUCUCUAGAGAAGGCAAUUGCAGAAGACGAAAGGAAGCUUGACGUAUCGGUUGUCACUGCCACUGGCUCAAAAAUCUCAUCCCGUCCCGAAAGUGUCCGCAAGAAGUCCAUCCCCCCGCACCUGAGGAGCAAGUCCGGUGAAGGCAAAACUAUUCCCCCGAUCAGCUCCGCGCAGAGCUUCAACCCAAGCCUGAACCCGAGGGCAAAGGCGUACGAUGUCAUGGCAUGGGAAAUGGUUUCAGCAGACUCUGGCAUUGAACAUGCUAAACAUGGCUUGCACAUUCAACAAGAUAUCCUGGACCGGUCCGUUGUCAAACAACCUACCCCAAAUGAUAAUCCAUCCGCUACACCUAACGCUCGCGCUCCUCCCGACCACGGUACCAAACUCAGAGUUAUGCUUAUCCGUGCGAUGGAGCACGAAUUAGACCUGGAAAAGGUAGCGCCUGAACGAGAACUCAUGGCUAUGCAGCGCGCCGAGCUUGACAGAUACUAUGACAAGGUCUGCUCGGCUCAUCAGCAAUGGUGGGAAGCCACGAGAAAAACAUGA